CGUGGCAAUGAUAAUAAUAAUCAUAAUUAGUUUGAGUAUAUAUACGACAGAAAUUCAGUUAACAAAAAAACAUUACGAAUUAGAGAAGUUAAUGAAUCAUUUUUUUUUCUGUUUGACAUAAAAAAAAUUUUUAAAAUGUGGCUGAAAAACGUUUGGGUUUUUUUCUUCUUGGUUGCGAUCACCGAAAUAAAGGCAGUCAAUAUAAAAAUUCAAGGAUCAGUCUUAAUAAUCGAAAAUUGUAACUGGGCUGUCAAUAACACAUAUCAAUGCACAUCUCAAACUUAUGAUAUUUCUAACAAUCAUGGUGUACAUAUUUCCAACGAUAAAGUUUCUCUUAAUGGUGAAAAUAUCAUAAGUAAUAAUGGUUUCAGUAUUAAUUUAAAUAACAACGACAUCAUCGAGGAAGAAGAAUCAUGUCCAACUGAAACCAGCGGAACCAUCGCCAUUAAUAACGAGAAUAACAUAGUCAAAAAUUGUGUCUUCGAAAGCAUAACCGGUUCGCUGGAUAUUAAGAAUAGAAAUAAUAAUAAAAAUGACAUUACUAUCAAUCAUGAUAGCAAUGAAAUUAAACUUGAUAAUACAAAUAAUAAUAUUAAUAAAAUAAUAAUUAAUGGCAAUAGUGAAACAAUAGUUGUUAACAAUCGUAACAAUAAUAAUGUUCAAAUAAUAAUUUACGGUAAUAGUAAAUAUAUUCAAGUUAAUAAUCGUAAUAAUAAUGUUUGCACAAUUGAUAUUAAGGGCAACAAUGGCCAGAUUGAUAUUAACAAUCGUAAUAAUAACGUCAAUACAGUAACUGUUAAAGGAUCAAGAGGAAUUAUUAAUACAGUUAACAAGAACAGAUGGACUAAUGUUAACACUAUUUAUGCCGAUAAUUAUUAAAUUAAGUCAUUAAGAUAUUCGCUUAUAUGUGAACACAUGUAACAUAUAUGAUACCUUUUGAUUAAUGAGAUUUAAUAAUCAUGUCUGAAUACAUUUUUUUCCGGAAAAGUUACGAUUGAUGUCGGUAAUGAAAAUUAUGUACCACGAAUUUUGAAUGUAAUAAAUAUAAUGCACAAUAAAAAUUAUAAGAAAAUAA